AUGGCAGCUUCGUCUCCCAAAAUUGAAGGAUUGCUAGGAAUGGUCACUCUGCAUCUGAAAGAUGAUAAUUUAUUGAAAUGGAAAUAUCAUAUUGAAUCUAUUUUGGAAGGUUAUGAUCUUUUCGGCCAUUUCGAUGGAUCUAUCAUUGCUCCCCAAAAAUUUGCUAUUUUGGAUGAAGAAAGGGUCACCUUCGAGGUUAUUGGAGCAUCUAAGGAGUGGCUUCGGGCUGAUAAAGCAUUAUUGAGCUUUCUAAUUGCAACACUUUUGGACAAUGCAAUUGAAUAUGAUAUUGGUAGUAAAACUGCUCGUGAUGCUUGGUUGAGCCUCUCCAAUCGCUAUGCCACCAUGUCUCAUGCUCGGAUCAAUCGCCUCCAGACUGAGUUGCAGACGGCUCAAAAAGGUGGUGAUUCAAUCGAUAAAUUUAUCUUGCAUCUCAAACAUAUCAAGGAUCAGUUGUCCAUUGCUUGA